AGUCCCGCCGUGGAGUGUGAAGCAGCUUGCGGGAUUUGACAAUAAAGUUAACACUGAGAAAAAGUUUGAUCUUGUUUUCCUCUCUCCUCACUCUCUCGUGUCUAUAUAAAGCCAUUCACUCCAUCUUUCGGGAUCUCACACCUCUCUCUCUCUCUCUCUCUCUGCUUGUGGCCCCAUCUUCUGGUUCUUCUGGAAAUCUCACUUUCCUUGAACAAGGGAUUUGACCGAACUGAAAAGUUCGUUGUUUCUUGGGAAAUAGCAGGGCUUGAGGGGGAGUGAGAUAAAAAAAUGGCGAAUCGUAAUGUAGAGAAGCUGGCGUCGAUCGAUGCGCAAUUGAGGCUUCUUGUACCUGGGAAAGUCUCCGAGGAUGACAAGUUGGUGGAGUACGAUGCACUGCUCUUGGAUCGCUUCCUCGAUAUCCUCCAGGAUUUACACGGCGAAGAUCUCAAGGAAACGGUUCAAGAGUGUUAUGAGCUAUCCGCAGAGUAUGAAGGAAAGAAUGAUCCCCAAAAGUUAGAAGAGCUUGGAAGUAUCUUAACAAAUUUGGACGCAGGUGACUCUAUUGUUAUUGCUAAAGCAUUCGCCCACAUGCUUAGUUUGGCCAACUUGGCGGAGGAGGUUCAAAUUGCUUUCAGACGCCGGAUCAAAUUGAAAAAGGGAGAUUUUCAUGAUGAAAACUCCGCAACAACUGAAUCAGACAUUGAAGAAACUCUUAAGAGACUUGUGAUGCAGCUAAAAAAGUCACCAGAAGAAAUAUUUGAUGCUUUGAAGAAUCAGACUGUAGAUCUGGUUUUUACUGCUCAUCCUACUCAAUCAGUCCGCAGAUCUUUGCUUCAGAAGCAUGGAAGGAUUCGUAAUUGUUUAGCCCAAUUAUAUGCCAAAGACAUAACUCCUGAUGAUAAGCAGGAACUUGAUGAGGCUCUGCAGAGGGAGAUUCAAGCUGCAUUCCGUACGGAUGAGAUCCGUAGGUCUCAGCCAACUCCACAGGAUGAAAUGAGAGCAGGAAUGAGCUACUUUCAUGAAACAAUCUGGAAAGGUGUUCCUAAAUUUCUGCGCCGUGUUGACACUGCUUUGAAGAAUAUAGGAAUAGAUGAGCGUGUUCCUUAUAAUGCUCCUCUUAUCCAAUUCUCUUCUUGGAUGGGUGGUGAUCGUGAUGGCAAUCCAAGGGUAACUCCUGAAGUCACAAGGGAUGUUUGCUUAUUGGCCAGAAUGAUGGCUGUUAACUUGUACUAUUCCCAGAUAGAGGACCUCAUGUUUGAGUUGUCUAUGUGGCGUUGCACUGAUGAACUUCGGGUUCGUGCAGUAGAACUCCACAGAUCCUCAAGGAAAGAUGCAAAACACUAUAUAGAGUUCUGGAAACAAGUUCCUCCAAAUGAACCCUAUCGUGUUAUUCUUGCCGAUGUAAGGGAUAAACUGUAUCACACACGUGAGCGUACUCGUCAGUUAUUAGCCCACGAGGUCUCCGACAUUCCUGAGGAGGCAACGUACACAAAUGUUGAGCAGUUCUUGGAACCACUUGAACUCUGUUACCGAUCUCUCUGUGCUUGUGGUGACCGGCCAAUUGCUGAUGGAAGCUUUCUUGAUUUUUUGAGGCAAGUUUCCACCUUCGGACUCACACUGGUGAGACUUGAUAUUAGACAAGAGUCAGAUCGGCACACUGAUGUCAUAGAUGCCAUUACCAAACACUUGGAAAUUGGUUCCUACCGAGAGUGGUCAGAAGAACGGCGGCAGGAAUGGCUUUUAGCUGAGCUUCGUGGGAAGCGCCCACUUUUUGGCCCUGAUCUUCCAAAAACUGAAGAAAUAGCUGAUGUUUUGGACACAUUCCAUGUCCUAGCAGAACUCCCAGCAGAUAGCUUUGGAGCUUACAUCAUCUCGAUGGCCACUGCGCCAUCUGAUGUACUUGCAGUUGAGCUUUUGCAACGUGAAUGCCAUGUGAAGCAGCCAUUGAGAGUUGUUCCGCUCUUUGAGAAACUAGCUGAUUUAGAGGCUGCACCUGCUGCUGUUUCACGUCUAUUCUCUAUAGAUUGGUACAAAGACAGAAUUAAUGGGAAGCAAGAAGUCAUGAUUGGAUACUCAGAUUCUGGGAAAGAUGCCGGGCGACUCUCAGCAGCCUGGCAGUUGUAUAAGGCUCAAGAGGAGCUUAUUAAAGUUGCUAAGCAAUAUGGUGUGAAGCUAACUAUGUUCCAUGGUCGAGGUGGGACUGUUGGAAGAGGAGGUGGUCCCACCCAUCUUGCUAUCUUGUCUCAACCGCCAGAUACAAUUCAUGGGUCACUACGUGUUACUGUUCAAGGUGAAGUUAUAGAGCAAUCUUUUGGAGAGGAGCACUUGUGUUUUAGAACUCUCCAGCGUUUUACUGCUGCGACCCUUGAGCAUGGAAUGCAUCCUCCAGUCUCUCCAAAACCGGAGUGGCGUGCGCUUAUGGAUGAGAUGGCCAUUGUUGCUACUAAAGAAUAUCGUUCCAUUGUUUUUCAAGAACCCCGAUUUGUUGAGUACUUCCGCCUUGCUACACCGGAGUUGGAGUAUGGCCGGAUGAACAUUGGGAGUCGUCCAUCGAAGCGAAAGCCAAGUGGAGGUAUUGAAUCGCUCCGUGCAAUUCCAUGGAUUUUUGCCUGGACACAAACUAGGUUCCAUCUCCCCGUCUGGCUUGGUUUUGGGGCAGCAUUCAAACAUGUCAUUGAGAAGGACGUCAGGAAUCUACAUAUGUUACAGGAGAUGUACAAUAAGUGGCCUUUCUUUAGGGUUACUCUUGAUUUGGUUGAGAUGGUGUUUGCCAAGGGUGACCCCGGCAUUGCCGCUUUGUAUGACAAACUACUUGUUUCAGAAGACCUGUGGUCAUUCGGACAGCGUUUGAGGACCAAUUUUGAAGAAACUAAGAGCCUUCUCCUUCAGAUUGCUGGGCAUAAGAAUCUUCUCGAAGGGGAUCCCUAUCUGAGGCAGAGGCUUUGCCUGCGAGAUUCCUACAUCACAACCCUGAAUGUGUGCCAGGCCUACAUGCUGAAACGGAUCCGUGACCCCAACUACCAUGUCACAGUGAGGCCACACAUCUCCAAGGAGAUCAUGGAGUCGAGCAAGCCUGCUGAUGAAUUGGUGAAGUUGAACCCAACCAGUGAAUAUGCUCCUGGCUUGGAGGACACCCUCAUCUUAACCAUGAAGGGCAUCGCUGCUGGAAUGCAGAACACCGGUUGAACUUUACUUAUUCCUUGUUUUGUUUCUUCUCUUUCCCUUCUUUUUCGGAAGAGUGGAUCUUUUUUCCCAGAAGAAUUCAGGAAGUGUUCUCCUCGAAAAGCAUAUAAAUUACGUGCCAGAAGCCAAGGGAUGUUUAUUUAUUUAUCCCUAAGUGAAAGUUUGGAUAAUCUUGUAACUGGAACCUUUAAUUCUAUAGCUGUUUAUCAGAUACCAUGCAUCGAUACUAAUAGAAACCAUCAUUGUUGGAGAUGGAAUGGAUAGGCUAUAAUCAAUAAAAUAAAAUCUAUUAUUUAUGUUUC